GGGAUCGUCUCCGGGUUUGCUGUCUCAGAAUUAUUAAGAAUGCACAGAUUGACUGCAGUUCUAUUCUACGUCCUAGUCGUUGGCAACUAUGGUGGAUCGUUGGCAGUGCCCACUAAAGGUGCGAGUCGUGGAAGUAAAUCGGAGGACUUGGAGAGCCGUUGCACCGGUCAUUGCUUCUCUAAGAUGCGUUCGGUGAUGGACUACGUUGCUGCCAAUCAGCAGAGAUGGAAUACCUGUCAAAAAAUCGCAGAGGACGUAGGCCGGGCGGAUCAGAGCCAGAUUAUUAUCCAGUUGGCCUCCCUGCAAGAGGAUGUAACGAAAAUUAGGGCUUCUCAGGAGUCCCAAGACGUAAAAUUGGAUAGGCAACAGAUCGCCAUGCAGGAAUCCUUACAGAAGGCAACUCCCCAAGACCUUGAGGGAAAACUAGGCAGUAUGCAGACCCAACUUGCAGCCCUACAAAAUGAGCUGGCAUCCAUGCAGAUUAAUAUCAACAGCCAUCACUUAGUAAGUAAGGAAACGCAGACAGCCCAAACAUCUUUACAAGAAGUUGUAAACAGCAUAAGGAAUUCCUUGGAGUCCAACUUUAUAAAGCUGGAGAGGCAGCAGGAAUCUAUGAGGACGGUAAUUCCUCAGGACUUCGAGCGCAAACUGUCCAGAACAGAGGCUCACCUCUCAAACCUCGAAAACAAACUGCAAGCUAUGCAGUCCAAGUUGGACAACCAUCUCGCAGCAAUUAGGGAAACCCUUACUAAAGUCAAGACAGAAUUCAUACCUCCUGGUUUCAAGCAGAUUGGAUCAAGAUACUUCCACAUCCAAGAGGAUAUCAAGCUGAAUUGGGCCGAUGCCCAGGACACCUGCCGUCGAAUGGGGGGACAUUUGGCCUCCAUUCAAAACAGAGAGGAGUUCGAUGCCAUCGUUGCAAAGCUAGAUAAUUCUGAGAAAUACUUUCUGGGCAUCAACGAUCGGGCCAAGAAGGGCGACCUUGUGUCCGUUGCCUCGGGAAGGCCAGCUUCCUUUUUCAAGUGGUUCCCCAGUGAACCCGAAUACAACAACGACCAGGAGCGCUGCAUUGCAAUCAAAGGGGGAUUCAUGUUCGUGAACAAUUGCACUUAUAGAAAAAGAUUUAUUUGCCAGACCGAUGACAAAAUCUAAUACAAGUAAACGACAACGAAUCUCGCAAGCAGUUUGUUUUUCCUUUUGUUUGCUUUUUGUACUUCGUCAUAAUAUUCUUCAAGUUGAUUAAAUUAUACUUCCAAGUGCCCACAAAAAGAA